UCAAAAAGGGCUAUUGGGCGAAGCCUGGCGAAGCGAAACAAACGAUUUGGCGAGCUCGUUAAUACUUUACUACGUAUUUAUUACGAAGGGAAAUAAUAAACGUGACUACAAUAAUGUAAUCAAGUGUGUGCUAAUAGGGCGUUAGCGCGCCAAGCAGGCCAAGCGGCGGGCUACGCUGUGUGGACGUUAACCUCGCCUGUUUGGCUCAGUUGUUUUUGCAUAAAAUUCGUUUUAGGGAUCAUGUUGAAGUUCAAAAAGAUGGGAUCGGAUAAAGUGCCAUUAUUACUCGUGACAGCAAACGUAGGAUCUAUAUUUGAAGACCCGUCGGUGAUGCUACCGAUAUGGACGUCGGAGUUCCUCCAAGCGGUGUCCCGAAUGGACCCGAAGUUCAUUGCGCUUCAUCUACAAGAGGUCGGCGGGAAGGCGUACGAGAAAUCAAUGCAAUAUGUUACGGAUUUCGUCCAAAGACUCUGCGAGUGUCCGGAAUUGAGGCUCUAUGAUAAGAUCAGGAUUUAUUUGGACGAGGACUUCAGUUCGCCUGAGAAGUUUACUGCCCUAGGCAACAUGUACUUCGCGCAUUCAUCCCUGACCGAUCUCAAAAUGUGGGACUUCGACCUGAAAGCGUACGUGGAGGUGGUAGGAAAUGAGGUGUUCAGUGGCAACAUUGAGAGUGUAACUACCAAAGAGAAGGCGAAAUUCCCUCAGCAUUUCUUUCCAGAAUGCAAAUGGUCCCGCAAAGGUUUCCUGCGCACGCGCUGGCUGAUCCGCGGCACGGCGGUGGAGUUCAUCAACAUACAUUUGUUCCACGACGCUUCCAAUUUGCUCGCUAUGGAGCCCUACCCAUCAGUAUACUGCCGCAGCCGCCGCCGCGCGCUACGUCACACUCUCCGCCAUUUGCAUUCGGACGUGAACGCCGCACCCUAUUUCAUAUUCGGAGACUUCAACUUCAGGACUGACACCGGCGGUGUUGUCAAGAAAGUGACAGAAGAUCUUUCAGCUAACAGAGUGCAGAACGGCAACAGCGCUGAUUCUUCCAAACUUCAGUAUAGAAGCAGCGACCAACGAAUUGUACUGACUGUGGGGAAGAAGGAGUUCUCUCAUGUCGACCACCAGAAGAUAUUCCGAGAGCCCUGGUUGCAGCGUUUCGACCGGGAGCUGGAAGCGUUGAAGCCUCAUCUGUACGAGUUUCCCGUGAAAUUCCCGCCUUCCUACCCCUUUGAAGAGGAUGUACACCUGCCCACGCAUUAUAUGAAAACCAGAUGCCCGUCUUGGUGUGAUAGGAUACUGCUGUCCCAAUCGGCGAGGUUGCUGGUGCAGCAUGAUACAAAUCGCGCUGACAAUCGACAUUCUUCCAGGAAAUCCGUGGCCGAUUCCACGGACAGCAGCGGACGGGUUUCCUCAUCAGACAGCAGCCCCGCCAGGUCCGGAUCCCCGGCCGCGCACCAUCAGUCAAGCCCGGCCAGGACUUUGGAGAAGAAAUGUAGCGUCGCUGAAAUUGACGCGUUAUCGGUUCCCGGCAUAAAUGUUAGCAGGAAGAGUAUCGCAGAUCCCACGAGCGUACAGCAGGCUAUAAACGCUAGGGUUUCAGAAUCAGACAGCUCUCCGAUCCGCCGGAAACUGGUACGAAAUCAAUCUGAAGGGUCUCCGAAGCCCACGGACAGUCUGUCUGCGGAAUUGAGACGAUUGGUAGACGCCCCCGCCAGGAAACGAAGCGAGUAUGGUGUUAUAGGGGGCACUGCUUGUAUGGGGGACCAUAAGCCAAUCUACCUCCGCGUGAUGCUGCAAAGCGACCGAGGUACGCUCCCCCCCGCCGGCUGCCCGCCCCCCUGCGGCCUGUGCUCCCCCCCGCCCGCGCCCCCCACCCGCCCCCUUCCCGCGCCCCGCGCACGCGCUCUCACACACGGCUUCCCCCGCGCGCGGCACUCCGCCGAGACCCUAACACAACAACACACACUCAAACGCACGCGAACCGGAUCAUUAAACGAAAAAAUAUUCAGAAUACCCGACGUCGAAAUCACCAGCACGCAUUCCAGCUACGACGGAAUUUUCGUCAACGAAAUCGAUAGCAAUCUGUUAACGGUCGGGCCGUGUGUGGAUCCGUACACGCCGGAAAGUAUCGACAGUCACACCCCUAAUGUCGAUGAAGCGUCGAGCGCGGAGGAAAUCCCUAACGUAUCUGAAACGCAGAAGGCGGAAACUAAACGCAGCGUUUCGCCGACGCUAUUGAAAAAAAAAUUAGACAAACUUCUGAACGAUGAUAAGUAUACGGAAGUUCCUCAGAUACAGAGGCUGAAUAGUACGGAGUCGUGCAAGUCGGUUAAUAGCAAAAAGGGAGGGUUGUGUUGUUUGGCGUUGAAGUGUUAUGGUCUCUGCAGUAGGCGCGCGAGGAAAGUCAAAUGUGGUUGUAGUGGCUUGAGUUGUUGCACUUCAUGAGUUUGACCACUGAGUUUGAUGUUUUCGUCAUUGUGGCGCUACUGUCCUUGUACAUUUAAGUCGUUAAAAACAUAUAGGUAUUCUGACAAAAAAAAUGAGAAUUGUCCUUGCCAGUAAUGUCAAAUGAAAAAAAUAAUGUUCUAAUCUGACAGUUUGAUUUGACUAUGGGCAUUUUUUUUAUUGGAAUGCGACCUGCCAGUUCUUUUUUUUUUUAUUGGAAUGCAACCUGCCAGUCAUUUUUUUUUUAAUCCACACCUACCUGAAUGUUUUUUUAAGUGUACUUUUGUAACUAGAAACCGCUUUAUGUAAUAGACUGUUUACCAUGAAUUUUAUGGUAUUAUUUCAACAAAUUAAUGCACAUAAGACAAUGCAUUUUUGUGCACGAGUGUUCAUAUUGUGAUGCAUGCGUUGUUGUAGCCUCAGGUUGAUUAUAUGUUAUAAGUAAAACCGUAAACUUGACUAAUGUUUUAUUUUUAGCUUAUUGUAUUCAGCCUGUUUGUUCUGUUAUAUUUUUUCACAGUUUCUUAAAUUGAUUGCACUUUUGUAGUGAUAACAUUCGUUCAAAGCAUAGAUUUUAUACAUAUAAAUACUAGUGCGGGAUUGAUAAUUAGAUCGAUAUUUAUUUGAUUAGACGUUGGUCCGUUAUAUGCCACUAGUAUGUCAGUUUAGUAUAUCUGUCUCUCCCUCUCUCUUACAUGUACCUAAGAGAGAUAGCUAGAAAAAACUAGUACUUAUGUUCCUUUUAAAAUUUUCGAUCUAAUGCUUUGUAUAAAAUCUUAUGGUUUAAAGUAUUUUGAUUUUGUGGUAAUAAUUACGCAUUAAACAUAUGUUGUCUCUACAUACAUACAUUAAAUCACGCCUCUUUCCCGGAGGGGUAGGCAUUUGUCUCUACAAUAUUAUAUAUAUUGCGUAAAUAAUACCAACUUUAGUUAUACUUAUUUUGAUGUGGUUUUAACUAGUCGAUAGUAAUUGUAAUAAAAAGUAAGUCACAGGGUAUUGUACCAUUAGAAAAGUUUUCCCUAAUCUGUAAAUUUGAAGAAAAAAUAUCGUUUAAUCUCUUAAAUAACGCCAUUUAGAUAGAUUUUCGAUUCAAGAAAGUAUUUUCUCAAGUGACGCUUCCAAUAACUAUGUACUUCCAUGAGGCUAACCGUACGUUAGUUCUGUCGAUAACACGUUUAACCGACUGCAGGACGGAAAAUUAAAGGAUUAACCUUUCGCAAUGAAAAACGUUUAAAAUAAAUGAUUUAAAUGAUCUGAUAGAUAAAUAUUUAAGUAUUUAGGGUGUUAGUUUAUUUUAAGUUAUAAUUUUUAAUAUAAUACAUGCACACACUUUGUGUGAACAGCUGAGUCACUUUGUAUAUAAAACUGGAUUUACUUUCUACUUCGCCGUAAUCACGGGCGGGGACCAAUACCAGGAAAUGGAUGACUUAGAUGUAUACUUAUUGCAAUAUACAUAUAUAAAUGUGCUAGUAUAGAACAAAUACCAAAUUUUUAUUAAUAAAAUCUAGUCUGAUGCUGCUCAAGCGGUUAGGAUUUUUGAUGCUUGGUGAAGACACAUCUUAAUAUUUCUUAAGAUUUUUAGAGUUAUUAUUUACUUCUGCAUCGAAGCGUUUUCUUUUUAUAGCCUAAUUUCGAAAAAAAAAUACGAAUUAACUUAUAAAAAAAUUUCUUCAAAUUAAAAAAAAUAGGUUUAAAUAAACUUUUUUAAAUUUGUAUUUAGUUGAAUCCUCUUUGAAUGGUUUUUUUUUAAUUUUUACGCAACACGAAUUUAAAAUUUACAUCUCGCUUUUUAUUUUUGUAUUCUUUAUUCAAAAGUAGGGCCAUUCUGAAAAUUCGCAUUGGACUCGUGUUUAAAUACAAAUGCAAAAGAAAUCAGGUACAUGUGUACAAUAAAGUAAAAAGUAAUGUAAAUUUUGUAUGAUGCACUGUACUUAUUAGACAACUGUAAAACGCAUAUUUUAAAUGGCUGUUGAUGGCUGGCUGUUUUAAUGGCUAUAAAUUAAAUGUAGUGUGUAAUAUUUUGACAAAAUGUACCGGUUCUGUUCAUUAAUAUGCACGCUUAAAUCUAUAUCUGUAGAUAUUUUUAAAGUCACUAUUUAUAAAUUAAGACUGUUUUGCUUAAUCUAGUUUUAUGUUAAUCAUUAUCUAGUAAACCCGCCAUAAAUAAAGAGUACAUACGUAUAUUUUCGUUGUAUUUUUUUUAUACAGGAUGACUGAUAAAUCGGGUCGUGUGUUGAAACUGGGAAUUCAGUAUUUGAUUCUCGUGCCAAAUGAUUAGAAAAAAUAGGGGGAUAAAAUUUUAUCCAGUUUAACAAAAGAUACAUUUGUGGGUAGCGCGGGCGGCGCGCUGAGAAACGAAUUCAAACGAAGAGUAUCGAGCGCGGCGGUGCCGGUCGCCAGCUGUCUCACUGGAUGCGUGAAACGAGCGCACGAUGUUUGAACAAUUUGAGACUUUGUGCACUAUUUUGAUAAUUUCUAUCUGUCAAAUUAGUGAUGAAAUUGUUGGUUUUAUAUUUUAUAAAGUUAUGUAUGCUCAUGAUUUAUUACGUCCUUAAAAAUGAAAUAUGAUUUAUCAGGCACCCUGUAUAGUGUCAUAGGAGCGAAGCUAGCCAAAGCUGGUUCAUAAUGAAUAAAUAAAUAUAUGUUACAGUUUUUAAGUCGACUUUAAAACUGUAAAAUAUUUGUUUAAAUUUUAUCAUGCAUUUUAUUUAAAAAAAUUAAUAGGUUAAACGUAUGGCGUGGUGCUGUUCAUAAUAUUAUUUUUCGAUUUCCUUGAAGUGUCGUUUAUACAUUAAUUUUAAAGGGUAACAAUUAAAACAAAAGCAAUUACAUAUUCUCUUUUUAUUAGUGUGAUGUCUGGAUGUGUUAUAUUUUGUCUGUUUGCUUUCUAGUAUUUGAUGGUCUCAAUAUGAGUAUUUUUUUAAAGUUUUUUUUAAUAUUAAUCAUGCAUGCACGCAUGUUUUUAUAAUUUGACUCUUUUAUUUUGAAUAUUAGAUAUUACACAUUAUAUUAAUAUGUACUCGCUCGUGUUUUUUUAAAUUAUUUCAUCUUCUUGUAGUGACCUUAAUAUGCUGCUUGGCUUGUAAGUAUUUUGUUUUUGUUAUGUUUUUUCUUACUUUAUGUAGUUUGAUUUAUAUUCAUAUCACUGUUACAUGUUGUAUAUUCUUUUAAUAACAAUUAUCGAUUGACUAUAUUCAAUAUGCUUUUCCAAGUUAUUUCUCUGGCUGAAUAUAUAAAAGCAAAAGUCACUGAAUCUAUCAAAACACAGCCAUUUUGAAUAGAAGAUACAAUAAUUUUGAUACAGUUUAGGCAUUUAGAAAUCCCACGGCCACGAAGGCUCGAGCUAAAUGUAGAAUUUAAUCAUACUUCCUACUACGUACAGUCAGCGGCGUAGAAACCUCACAUGGUUUUGUAUAAACAGGGUGUCAGCUUUUUCUGCCGUUUACUGUACAUACAAUACACAUAAUUCAUUGUUGUGCCUUUCCGAAUAAAAAUUAUGACCGACUUAAAACAUUUCAGGAAACUUUCGGCAAGACUUCUGCUCGGAAUCGUCUCCGAAACACAGCAAGCCGGACGAGCUAGAGAACAAUGAUCAGGUCGCAGAAUCACCCAACUCGAGAUUCAUACAUUUCAAUAUGGACAGCCCUUGCCAGAUAUUUAAG